GGUGGUAAAGUCUAACAAACAAAAGCAUAGAUAAGAAAAGCGAUAAAUUGCACAGGGAAAAAUGAAAGAACAUAAAGCCCAAAAACCUCUUUCGACUAUGACAUCAGCUUUUCAAUAUCUCCAAGGAUAUACUUGACUGGCACACCUACUAUCUUUGAAAAAAUAAUUCCCGCAGCGAAAUACUUCAAUUCCAGUUACGAUCAGCGACAUAACUUUCAAAUUCGACGAGAUUGUGCCCCUUUUUUGGUGACUAUGUAUUUGGCUAUCUCUCGGGUUCCGAUAAGUGGCGACUACUAUCAGGGGAAGAUUAGGGGUUAGUUUAUCAACCCAUAUGGGAAUUGGCGAUCCACUUGGGGCCAGUCCAGUCGCCAUGGAAAGUCGUGAGAAAGAGGACUCUGUUGAGAUCAUAGAUCUCCUUCCAAUUCCAGGGAACCUUACCAAGGGUGAGGGCUUGCUGGUGGAGCCCACCUACGACUGGGACUGGACAGAGACCAUCUUCCAAAGCUGGGAGUCGCUUCGCCUGAUUCUGGCCACCUUCUGGUGCAUUUUGCUGGCCAGAAUCGUGACCCACAAGCUGGGUAUCUACGGAAAACCUAAUCUCAGUUAUGCCGUGGAGUUCCUGCUUACCGUCCUGCCCUGCAUCCUGCUGGUCACUGUGGCAGUGGAUUACAGCAACUUCAUUGUCUUCCUCAUGCUGGGACUGACAUGGAUGUUUCUAAGGCGCACUCAGGCCCUGGAGAAGGUCCGAUCCCGUGCCCAAUUCGAUUUGGGCGCCAAUCGACCCAUGACCUUAACCAUUCUCCGAGCACUGACUCACCUAAUCACGGCCGUGUGCAUCCUGGCCAUAGACUUUGGCAGCUUCUACAGACCCCACCGCAAAAGCCGCCAGUUCGGAGCUAAGCUGAUGGACACUGGAAUCGGAUUGUUCGUCUUCACUAUGGCAAUGGUGUCCCGUAGGACGCGGCAUUUCUCUGAUUUACGCCGGAGCGUGAUUUACCAGGCGCUUCCCCUCAUUUUACUGGGACUGGGUCGGACGAUAGCCAUCCUGAUGGUUGGCUACGGCCAGGAUGAGCACGAGUAUGGUCAGCACCUGAAUGCUUUCUUUACCUUGGGGUUUACCAAGUUGCUGGGAGCUUUGGUGAGCUCUCUGGCCCGAAGGGAUUUGCAUCUGUUGCCUUUGGGAUUGGGCCUUCUGGUGAUUCACCAACUGGGCCUGAGCGCCCUGGGACUCUCGGACUAUGUGAUGAGUGAGGAUGUGGACCGAUCCGGUCUCUUCAAUGCUAAUCGUGAGGGUCUGGUCUCCUUGCCUGGAUUUGUGGCUCUUUAUCUUUUGACCAUCUACCUCAAUCGCUGGCUGGUGGCCACAAGCUUGCUAACCUAUCAAGAGAUAGUCAAAAAGCUUUGGCGACUGGCGUAUAUGGUGCUGAUACUGUGGACCCUCUUCGCGGUCAGUGCCUAUGGGGUGGGCAUUUCCCGAGUGACCUGUAACCUUGGCUACGUUGUUUGGAUGGAGGCUAUAGGAGCCAGUGCCUUGCUUGCCAGUUUCUGGGCCGUUGAUUAUCUAAUCAACAGCAUAAUGCCCUGGGAUCCGGUGGGGCCAGCAGUGCAGGAUCAGGAGAAGGGCCUGCUUACAGGAGAACCGACUUCGAGGGCAAAGCACAAAGGCAUCGGACCUUUCGCCAUUGGCCAGGCUUUGAACCAGAAUGGCCUAACCUUCUUUCUGGUGGCCAAUGUUCUGACAGGCAUGGUGAAUAUGUUCCUCAAGCCCGAAAAUCGGUCUGAUCUGGAGUCCAUAGUCAUCCUGCUCGUCUAUAUGUUUCUGGCCACCAAAUUGGCGCACGAACUUCUGAAGAAAGGGAUACGCCUAGCCUAAGAACCUAAGUCUUCAAUGAGCUGUGAUUUUUAUGAAUUUUACGAAAACUUUUAGAAAUGUAUUUUUUUAAUAAAUAAUGAUAUCCAUAUCCG